AAUUCGAAAUGGACCGGACCGGACUGGACCCGACCCGGAGCAUUAAUGCCCCUAUAUAUGAAACCCCUGCAUUCGUCUGCCAUCCACACUCCGAGAAGCAGUUACCCCCAAUUUUCUCUCCCACGCAAAAACAUCUUCCAUGGAUCCAUCAAAGUACCGCCCGUCCAGUUCGUUCAAUACGACUUACUUGACGACCAACGGCGGACAGCCAGUGUGGAAUGACAACAGCUCCUUAACCGUCGGAACCAGAGGCCCAAUCCUGCUCGAAGACUACCAUCUGAUCGAGAAGCUCCAGAAUUUCACUCGCGAGAGGAUCCCGGAGCGUGUUGUCCACGCGAGGGGAGUCACCGCGAAAGGAUUUUUCGAGGUGACUCACGAUGUUUCGCACCUCACCUGUGCCGACUUCCUCCGAGCCCCUGGCGUGCAGACUCCGGUCAUCGUCCGAUUCUCCACCGUCAUCCACGAGCGCGGCAGCCCCGAAACCCUCAGGGAUCCUCGAGGAUUCGCCACCAAAUUUUACACCCGAGAGGGGAACUUUGACAUUGUAGGUAACAACUUCCCGGUGUUCUUCAUCCGCGACGCGAUGAAGUUCCCGGACGUGAUCCACGCCUUCAAGCCGAACCCCAAGUCCCACAUCCAAGAGAACUGGCGAAUCCUGGACUUCUGCUCCCACUUCCCGGAAAGCCUCCUCACCUUCGCCUGGUUCUACGACGAUGUUGGCAUCCCUCAGGACUACCGCCACAUGGAAGGCUUCGGCGUCCACACCUUCACCCUCAUCAACAAGUCCGGCAAAGUCGUCUACGUCAAGUUCCACUGGAAGCCCACCUGCGGCGUCAAGAGUCUCAUGGACGACGAGGCCGUCCGCAUCGGCGGAACCAACCACAGCCACGCCACCAAGGACCUCUAUGAUUCCAUCGCCGCCGGCAACUUCCCCGAGUGGAAGCUCUACUUCCAGAUCAUGGAGCCCGAGCUCGAGGACAGGUUCGAUUUCGACCCCCUCGAUAUGACCAAGAUUUGGCCGGAGGACAUCAUCCCGCUCAUGCCCGUCGGCCGGAUGGUGUUGAACAAGAACGUCGACAACUUCUUUGCCGAGAAUGAAAUGCUCGCCUUCUCCCCGCACAACGUCCCGCCCGGCAUCUACUUCUCCAACGACAAGAUGCUCCAGAUGAGGACUUUCGCCUACGCCGACACCCAGAGACACCGUCUCGGGACGAACUAUCAAAUGCUCCCCGUCAACGCCCCGAAAUGUCCUUACCACAACAAUCACUACGACGGGUUCAUGAACUUCAUGCACCGCGACGAGGAGGUGGACUAUUUCCCAUCGAGGUAUGAUCCCGUUCGCGAAUCGGAGAAAGUCCCAAUCCCUGAUUGGUUGAUCACCGGAAGGCGUACGAAGGCUGUGAUUGAGAAAGAGGACAACUUCAGGCAGGCCGGGGAUCGAUACCGUUCAUGGGCGCCCGACAGGCAGGAGAGGUUCCUCCGUCGUUGGGUCGACGCUCUAUCCGACCCUCGACUCACGCUGGAGAUCCGCAGCAUUUGGGUUUCGUACUGGACCCAGGCCGACAGGUCGUUCGGACAGAAGCUCGCAUCCCGUCUCAACGUGCGACCGACGAUGUAAGGACCCAGACCCGGACCCGACCCGAACGAAGAAAGUCAGGCAAGUUAAUAGCAAUGGCCUGGAGAGUGCCUGUCGUCCUCCUUAUUAUGUGUUUGUAAAAUAUUUUCAUGUGAUGUAAUGUAACGAGAACUACACUACUGUGGUGUGUGUUGUUUCUGUUGUGCCCUAAAAAAGCCUUCAAGUAGUGACUGCUUUUUGAGGCUUUUUUAUUUUAUUACAUAAAAGACCUCUUAAGAUGCAUAAUAAUAAUAAUAGGAGGCUUGCCUUUUUGCCUUCACUACUCCCAAAUUGUUCUUGUACAUUUUGUACCAGAUUAUAUAUUGGGCCUGUCAUUGAAUCAA